UAUAAUGUAAAGCACAAAAUUGGAGCGAAAUUUUGUAAAUGAAAAUUUGAUUUCCAAAUAUAUAAAGUGUAUUAUUUGUUCCGCAGUAUUUGAUGAACCAACUAGAUUGCGAUGUGGGUAUUAAUAUAUUUUUAAUGAAGCCAUACAUUUUGUAAAUAAUGCAUUUCUUAAUGGUUAACAGAUCAUUCUACAUGUCCUGAGUGCAGAUCAGAUGCAAAGCGAAAGCACUUUCAAAGUAUUUUUAUUCAAAAUAAUUUUUCAUAGUCGACCGUAUUGCUGCAGGAAUCAUAAGUGAAUUGGAUGUUUAUUGUUCAAACAAAAUUUAUGGCUGCAAAUGGAAGGGUGUUAUAGAUAGAUUAGAAAGCCAUCAAAGAAAAUGCACUGCUAAAAUAGUUGCAGAAUAGCUUAAUUUGAAAAUUCAAUCUAAUUAAGAGACUGAUGAGGAUAAUGAACUGGCUUGCCAAAAUGAUCCAGGGAAUCUAGUCACAAGAAUAAAUGCUAAUUUAAAGGAUAAAAAGGAAGUUAUUGAUGCAUUAAAAUCAUCUAGUGAAAAUACUAAAGAUAAUAAUUUAGAAGAUGAUGAUCCAUUAGCAUUCUUAAAUUAAUUGCAUUAGUUCUCAGAAGAAAAUCCUUUGGAAGAAAAGAGAGAAAUUGAUUUUAGUGAUGAUGAUCUUCCUAAGCAAAGUCGUGGACGAAUAAUAUCAUAAUUAAAUGAAUGA